CUUCUGACUUCUCGUCCGCCUCACACCACGUGAUCAGCAGAGUCUAUAAAUAAAGGUGCUGCAAUCAUUUGUUUCUUGACACCUACAGAGGAGUGACAUGGCGUCGACGAGCCGUGGAGAUGCGCUGGCUCUUCCCAGAGUUACAUGUCCCAACCACCCUGAUGCCAUUCUGGUGGAGGAUUACAGAGCAGGGGACAUGAUCUGUCCCGAAUGUGGCCUUGUUGUUGGUGACCGUGUAAUUGACGUGGGCUCAGAGUGGAGGACGUUUUCCAACGAGAAAGCCCUUAAAGAUCCAUCCAGAGUGGGAGAUGCCCAGAACCCUUUGCUAAAUGGUGGAGAUUUAACCACCAUGAUCAGUAAGGGAACAGGUGCAGCUAGUUUUGAUGAGUUUGGAAACUCCAAAUACCAGAACCGUCGAACCAUGAGCAGCUCCGACCGUGCAAUGCUCAACGCCUUCAAAGAAAUCAGCACCAUGGCCGAUCGCAUAAACCUGCCAAGGAACAUCAUCGACAGAACAAACAACCUUUUCAAGCAGGUUUAUGAACAGAAAAGUCUGAAGGGCCGAGCCAACGACGCCAUCGCCUCGGCCUGUCUCUACAUCGCCUGCAGACAAGAGGGUGUACCCAGAACAUUUAAAGAGAUCUGUGCCGUGUCCCGGAUCUCCAAGAAGGAGAUCGGCCGGUGCUUCAAGCUGAUCCUGAAGGCUCUGGAGACCAGCGUGGACCUCAUCACGACGGGAGACUUCAUGUCCCGGUUCUGCUCCAACCUGGGUCUGCCCAAACAGGUGCAGAUGGCCGCCACCUUCAUCGCCAGGAAGGCGGUGGAGCUGGACCUGGUCCCCGGCAGGAGCCCAAUCUCUGUGGCUGCGGCCGCCAUCUACAUGGCCUCUCAGGCCUCGGCCGAGAAGAAGACCCAGAAAGAAAUCGGGGACAUUGCUGGCGUUGCAGAUGUUACGAUCAGACAGUCAUAUCGACUCAUCUACCCCCGAGCGGCUGAACUCUUCCCUCCAGACUUCAAGUUCGACACACCCGUGGACAAACUGCCCCAACUGUGAACACACUUCCACACAGUGAUGAUCAUUUCUGCUGUACUCAUAGGAUUGUAUUCUCAUUUUUUAAAACACAUUUUUGUUGGAAAGCUUUUUCCGUCAUGACUUCAAGCCUUUCUCGAGGCACUCCGACAGGAAGAAAACGGACACACAUUCCAGUGCUGAACUAAAACAGCUUGCAGACUGUAGUUACAGUAUUUCAUUUCAUUUGAGUGUAUAUACUGUAUCCUGUAUAUAUGUCCAAGUGGGAAAUGUAAUUGAUGCUUGCAAUUUUAGGCUGGUUUCUUACUGUAAACAAAACUUUCUUUUUGUAGAAAAUGACCAGGUUCUAUUUUGUUAGUUUGUUUGAAUUGUUCUAAGUAAUUAAAAAAAUAAAUAAAAAUAAAGCUUUUCCUUAAACCAC